AGUCCUUUUACCCUACCCUCAAAAUAAGGAACCCAAACACCCUCUAAAUGUAAUCGUGGUGCCUUGACCAAGGGAGACGACUAUUUAGUGAAUUCUGGUCUUAAUCGAACAUCUUCACAUUUUCAAUUACAUUAAUCUGGUGCGUGGAAUCUCCAGAGCCACAAACAACACACUCGAGAAACGAUAUGGAUCGAGAAACACUCCCACCUCAUGUGCUAAUAUUCCCCUUGCCAUUACAAGGUCCUGUUAACUCUAUGUUCAAGUUAGCCGAGCUUCUAUGUCUCUCGGGUCUCCACGUCACGUUUCUUGUCACUGAUCAUAUCCACACCCGACUCCUCAAGUAUUCCAACAUGCAGUCCCGCUUUGAUGCUUACCCUGGUUUCCGUCUAGAAACAAUAUCAGAUGGCCUUCCGGAAGACCAUCCUCGAUCUGGGGACCGCCUUAUGGAAAUGUUUGACUCUUUGAAAAUAAAAAACAAGAUCCUUUUUAAAGAUCUCUUGACGUCUAGCAAACUGAAUUCGGAUUCACGCAGACCUGUAACGUGUAUCAUUUCUGAUGGGAUUAUGGGGUAUACUUGUGAUGUGGCUAAGGAUGUCGGAUUGCCGAUUAUAUUUGUCCGUACUAUCAGCGCUUGUUGCCUGUGGGUUUUCUUUUGUCUUCCGAAGCUCAUUGAAUCUGGUGAACUCCCAUUUGCAGAUGACGACUUGGACACACCGAUAAAGAGUAUACCGGGUAUGGAAGGGUUCUUUAGGCGGCGUGAUCUUCCAAUGUUUUGUCGUUCGGGUAAUUUGUCAGACCCGAAUGUGAACCUCUAUCUACCGGAAAUCACAGAAAACCCAAGAGCCCAUGGGCUUAUACUCAACACAUUUGAUGAUUUAGAGGGUCCGAUACUUGACCAAAUACGCGCAUUCUGUCCAAAUCUAUACACAAUUGGCCCACUGCACUCCCAUCUUAAGUACAAGCUAGCGGGUCAAUCAUCCUCAUCACUGCCUUCUUCAAACAGUCUGUGGAAAGAAGAUAUGAGCUGUAUUACAUGGCUGGACUCACAACCGACGAAAUCGGUUCUGUACGUUAGCUUCGGAAGUCUUGCGGUAAUGACAAAGGAGCAAUACAUGGAGUUCUGGCACGGGCUGGUGAACAGUGGGUCUCGGUUCUUAUGGGUCAUACGGCCCGACUCGAUUACCAGUGAUCCUACCGAUAUCCCGUUGGAACUAUCUAAAGGUACGGAAGAGAGAGGGUAUAUAAUCGGGUGGGCUCCACAGGAGGAGGUCUUGGCCCACAGAGCCGUCGGUGGGUUUUUAACACACAGCGGAUGGAAUUCGACUCUCGAGAGUGUGAUCGAAGGUGUGCCGAUGAUUUGUUGGCCGUAUUUUUUAGACCAACAAGUGAAUAGUCGGUUUGUGGGGGAAGUGUGGAAGUUGGGCCUGGACAUGAAGGAUACUUGUGACAGAGUGAUUGUCGAGAAGACGGUGCGAGAAUUGAUGGAAGAUCGGAAAGACGAGUUUCGGAAGUCGGCAGACGAGAUGGCGAAACUCGCUAAACAAUGCUUGAUGGAAGGUGGAUCGUCAUAUGGUAAUUUAAAGCGUCUAGUUGAAGACAUCAAAGCCAUGUAAAUGGACAUUUCAAUCUUUAUUUCAGUUUUGUAACAGAACCUGAACCUUGUAAUGUUACAUUUAUUUUAAAAUAAGUAAGAACCUUAACAGUUAACACA